AUGGGAGGAGAAGAAGGGAAGAAGAAGGAGAAGGGGAGCGAGCCAGGGUCGAUAAAGUCGAUUUUUAUGCAUGCAGAUGGAGUCGAUUGGGUUCUGAUGUUGUUUGGUUGCAUUGGCUCGCUUGGGGAUGGCUUCACAACUCCGCUCAUGUUGUUGAUUACUAGCAAGGUGAUGAACAACAUGGGCGGCUCUGCAAACGGCUCCAAGGAAGCUUUUCUUCAUAGCAUUAACAUGAAUGCGCAGGCGCUUUGUUACUUGGCUGUUGGACAAUGGGUCCUCUGUUUCAUGGAGGGAUAUUGCUGGACUAGAACGGGGGAAAGACAAGCUUCAAGAAUGCGAGCAAGGUAUUUGAAAGCAGUUAUGAGACAAGAAGUGGGCUACUUUGACUUGCAUGUAACAAGCACAGCAGAGGUCAUAACGAGUGUCUCUAAUGACAGUCUAGUCAUUCAAGAUGUUCUUAGUGAAAAGGUUCCCAAUUUCUUGAUGAACUUCUCCAUGUUCUUGUCCUGCUACCUAGUCGGUUUGGUAAUGUUGUGGAGGUUGGCGCUUGUGGGGUUCCCUUUCAUUGUCCUCUUGGUGAUUCCUGGGAUAAUGUAUGGAAGAACUCUAAUGGUGCUGGCUAGAAAGAUCAGAGAUGAAUACAACAAGGCAGGAAACGUAGCAGAACAGGCCAUCUCUUCGGUCAGAACUGUGUACGCCUUUGUUGCUGAGAAUAAAACUACUGCAGCGUACUCAGCAGCUCUUGAGUUCUCCGUAAAACUGGGCUUGAAGCAAGGUCUGGCGAAAGGACUUGCUAUUGGCAGCAAUGGUGUCGUUUUUGCUAUUUGGUCAUUCAUGUGUUACUACGGCAGCAGAAUGGUCAUGUACCAUGGCGCUGAAGGAGGGACUGUCUUCGCAGUUGGCGCUGCCAUUGCUGUUGGUGGAUUAGCACUUGGGGCAGGACUCUCGAACCUUAAGUACUUCUCAGAAGGAUGCUCAGCAGGAGAACGAAUCCAGCAAGUGAUAAAGAGAGUUCCCAAGAUAGAUAUAGCGAACCCAGAAGGGGAAAUCCUGGAAAACGUGAGGGGUGAAGUUGAAUUGAGGAAUGUUCAGUUUGCAUACCCAUCAAGGCCAGAGAGCAUAAUCUUCAGAGAUUUCUGCCUCAAAGUUCCAUCGGGGAAGACUGUAGCUUUAGUGGGCGGCAGCGGAUCAGGGAAAUCAACAGUGAUAGCACUGUUGCAGAGAUUUUAUGAUCCACUGGGUGGUGAGAUACUGCUUGACGGGGUAGCCAUUGACAAGUUGCAGCUGAAGUGGCUGAGGUCACAAAUGGGGUUGGUCAGCCAAGAGCCUGCACUGUUUGCAACUUCCAUCAAGGAAAACAUACUUUUUGGGAAGGAAGAUGCUUCCAUGGAUGAGAUUAUUGCUGCUGGUAAAGCUGCUAAUGCUCAUAACUUCAUUUGUCAGUUACCUCAGGGCUAUGAUACUCAGGUUGGUGAGAGAGGAGUGCAAAUGUCAGGAGGUCAAAAACAGAGGAUAGCCAUAGCAAGAGCAGUGAUCAAAGCACCAAGGAUCCUCCUCCUCGAUGAAGCAACUAGCGCAUUGGACUCCGAAUCCGAAAGGGUCGUCCAGGCAGCACUAGACAAGGCAGCCGUCGGCCGGACAACGAUCAUCAUCGCUCACCGCCUCUCCACAGUCCGUGACGCCGAUGUCAUCGCCGUGGUCCAAAACGGCGAGGUCAUGGAAACAGGGUCCCACGACGAGCUCAUCCAAAACCCUGAUGGACUCUACACAUCCUUAAUCCACCUCCAACAAACACAAAACGAUACAGAAGACACUAAUGAUCACAGUACUGGACCCCAAACCUUGAUGGCAUCCUCUGCUCGCUUGUCAAUCGACAUGAACAACACAAGCAGCCGGAGAAUGUCCAUGGUGAGCAGGUCAAGCUCGGCAAACUCCGUGGCCACACAUAGUCGAGGCGGCUCGGUAGCCGGAGACAACCAGAACAAUCUGACCGUCGCAGAGCAUGACUUCCCGGUGCCAUCAUUCAGAAGGCUUAUGGCACUGAACCUCCCUGAGUGGAAGCAAGGGCUUCUCGGUUGCUCGGGAGCGGUUCUGUUCGGUGGGAUUCAGCCUGUCUACGCUUUCACCAUGGGUUCCAUGAUAUCUGUGUUUUUCUUGUCCGAUCAUGACGAGAUCAAACGCAGGACGGCCAUCUACUCGCUGAGCUUUCUCGGGCUCGCCUUUGUUUCCAUGGUUGUCAAUGUUGUGCAGCACUACAAUUUUGCUUACGUUGGGGAGUGUCUGACCAAGCGGAUCAGGGAGCGGAUGUUCUCAAAGAUUCUGACUUUUGAGGUUGGCUGGUUCGAUCAGGACGAGAACUCCAGCGGCGCAGUUUGCUCUAGGCUCGCCAAAGAUGCCAAUGUGGUGAGAUCCGUGGUGGGAGACCGACUGGCACUGAUCGUGCAAACCAUUUCCGCCGUAAUAAUCGCCUGCACGAUGGGUCUAGUCAUCGCAUGGCGGCUGGCCAUCGUGAUGAUCGCCGUCCAGCCGCUGAUCAUUGUCUGCUUCUACACCCGCCGCGUGCUCCUCAAAUCCAUGUCCCAGAAGGCCAUCAAGGCCCAAGACGAGAGCAGCAAGGUCGCCGCCGAGGCCGUCUCCAACCUCCGCACCAUCACGGCCUUUUCCUCCCAGGACCGCGUCCUGGGCAUCCUCGAGCAGGCCAUGCAGGGCCCACGAAAAGAGAGCAUCCGCCAGUCCUGGUACGCCGGGCUGGGCCUCGGCACUUCCCAGAGCCUCAUGUCGCUGACUUGGGCCUUGGACUUCUGGUAUGGCGGCAAGCUGAUCUCGCAGGGCCACAUCACGGUCAAAGCCCUGUUCGAGACUUUCCUGAUCUUGGUCAGCACCGGUCGUGUCAUCGCCGAUGCCGGAGCCAUGACUUCGGAUCUCGCCAAAGGAUCCGACUCGAUCGGGUCCGUCUUCGCCGUGUUGGAUCGAGUCACGAAGAUCGAGCCGGAGGACGAGGAAGGAGGGGAGAAGCCGGAGAAGAUCAACGGACAGAUCGAGCUUAGAGACGUCGAUUUCGCGUACCCGGCCAGACCUAAUGUCAUGAUCUUUAAGGGCUUCUCGAUCCGGAUCGAGGCCGGGAAAUCGACGGCUUUGGUCGGGCAGAGCGGAUCGGGGAAAUCGACAAUCAUCGGGCUGAUCGAGCGGUUCUACGACCCGAUUAGAGGUUCCGUGAAGAUCGACGGCCGUGACAUUCGAUCGUACCAUCUGAGAUCCCUGAGACGACACUUCGCGCUGGUGAGCCAGGAGCCGACGCUGUUCGCCGGGACGAUCAAGGAGAACAUCGCGUACGGCGCGGCGACGGAGAACGUCGGCGAGGCUGAGAUCGUGGAGGCGGCGAAGGCGGCCAACGCUCAUGACUUCGUGGCCGGGUUGAAGGACGGGUACGACACGUGGUGCGGGGACAGAGGGGUGCAGCUGUCCGGCGGGCAGAAGCAGAGGAUCGCGAUCGCGCGUGCGGUGCUGCGGAACCCAGCGGUUCUGCUGCUGGACGAGGCGACGAGCGCGUUGGACAGCCAGUCGGAGAAGGUGGUUCAGGACGCGCUGGAGCGGGUAAUGGUUGGACGGACCAGCGUGGUGGUGGCUCAUCGGCUGAGCACGAUUCAGAACUGCGAUGCGAUUGCGGUGUUGGAUAAGGGGAGAGUGGUGGAGAGAGGGACCCACUCGUCCUUGUUGGCAAAAGGGCCCGCUGGUGUCUACUUCUCGUUGGUCAGUCUACAGCGGACCCCAUCAAGCCACGUGUUUUACUGA